ACCUUGGCUAGGAUGAUGAAAGAGGCUAUUUAUUUUCAUCCGUUUAAGUUGGCUCGGAUGAUGAAAGAGGUUCAAGAUAAAAGCAGUGUUGAAUAUCAGCGGUUGACAUGGGAUGCCCUUCGGAAGAGUAUAAAUGGGCUUGUGAACAAGGUUAAUGCUGCCAACGUAAAGAACAUUAUUCCAGAACUCUUCUCGGAGAAUUUGAUACGGGGAAGUGGGCUAUUUUGUCGGUCCUGUAUGAAAUCGCAGAUGUCAUCCCCGGGUUUUACAGACGUGUUUGCAGCACUGGUUGCUGUUGUCAACACCAAGUUUCCUGAGGUUGGCGAGCUUCUUUUGAGGGGGAUCGUUUAGCAGCUCAAGAGAGCAUAUAAACGGAACGACAAGCCUCAAUUACUAGCUGCUGUUAAGUUUAUUGCACAUUUAGUGAACCAACUAGUGGCUCAUGAGAUCAUUGCCUUGGAGAUGCUUACUGUGCUGCUUCAGAAUCCAACCGAUUCGAGUGUUGAGGUUGCUGUUGCCUUUGUCACAGAGUGUGGAUCACUUUUGCAAGAUCUCUCGCCUAAAGGCUUGCAUGGAAUAUUUGAGCGUUUCCGUGGGAUUCUUCAUGAAGGUGAAAUAGACAAAAGGGUUCAAUUUCUGAUAGAAGGGCUAUUUGCGAUAAGAAAAGCCAAGUUUCAGGGGUACCCAGCUCUUCGUCCAGGUCUGGACCUUGUAGAGCAGGAAGACCAGAUAACCCAUGAGAUCUCUCUCCAAGAGGAAAUAGAUCCAGAGAUUGCCCUUGAUAUAUUCAAGCCAGAUCCUAAUUUCCUUGAGAAUGAGAAGCGUUAUGAAGAGUUGAAGCAAACCAUUUUGGGUGAUGAGUCUGAGGAUGAAGAAGGUUCAGAUGCAGCUUCAGAUGAUGAUGAGGAUGAGGAUGAUGACGAGGAAGAGGAUGAGAACCAGAUGAAAAUAAGGGAUGAAACAGAGACAAAUCUUGUAAAUCUUCGGAGGACAAUCUAUCUAACAAUUAUGUCCAGUGUAGAUUUUGAGGAGGCAGGUCAUAAGCUCCUGAAAAUUAAACUAGAGCCAGGUCAAGAGAUGGAGUUGAACAUUAUGCUCUUGGAAUGCUGUAGUCAGGAGAGAACUUACCUCCGGUAUUAUGGUCUUUUGGGGCAGCGAUUCUGCAUGAUCAACAAAGUUUAUCAGGAAAAUUUUGACAAAUGCUUUGUCCAACAAUAUUCCAUGAUUCACCGGCUUGAAACAAAUAAGUUGCGUAAUGUGGCUAAGUUUUUUGCGCAUUUACUCCGCACAGAUGCUCUACCUUGGCAUGUUUUAGCCUAUAUUCGCUUAACAGAGGAGGAUACCACUUCUUCAUCUCGUAUAUUUAUCAAGAUUCUAUUCCAGGAAUUGUCAGAGCAUCUGGGCAUCCAUCUGCUGAAUGAGCGUCUUAACGAUCCCACAAUGCAGGAUUCCUUUGAAUCUAUCUUCCCAAGGGACAAUCCCAAGAACACACGGUUUUCAAUUAACUUCUUCACAUCCAUUGGACUUGGUGGCAUCACUGAAAACUUACGUGAGUACUUGAAGAAUAUGCCACCCCUUAUUAUGCAACAAGAGCAAGAAUCGGAUAGUUCUGGUAGUUCGGUUACAGGGUCAGCUAGUUCAGAAUCAGAUUUAUCGAGUUCAGAUGAGAGUGAAAGGGAUGACAGACACAAGAAGCGGAGGAGGAGAGACUAAGGGAAUGUUAUGAUGUGCAAUAGAUAUUAGG